CGUCGUGAAACCUCUCCGUCCAGUUUUCCUUGCCCGGUUCUUGUCUUAGAGCAGCUGUUCUCGCGCACUCUCCCGGCAGCUGGUGCAGACGACGGACUUAGCGCGGGGCGGAGGGACGCUGCCGUUCCUCCCGGCUUUUUGUCCUUUGGCUGCUGGUGACGUGGACUCCGGGUUAGGUUUUGCUCGGCUGAACACAGUCCGGCCCGGGCGGCGUUUGCGGUCGAGGCCUGGGCCGCUCCAGGAAAAGCCGACACAAUGAAAGUUGAUGCAAAAAGGGUCUGGAACCACAUGGAAAAAAAUAAAGUAGACGAUAUAUUUGAGUGUAUCCACAAGGCACUGUUGUCUUUGCAGCAGAAGAUCAAAGAUGGAACUGCAACAAGUGAAGAAUGCAGUCAAGCUUUGGCACUUGUGAAUCAGCUGGGUAUGGCUGACCUCUUACCUCUGGUGCAUGAAAAUAAGCAUAUAUGCAAUCUGGAUUUACAUCUGUCUACUCCAGGGAAAAUUACAGAAGAUGCUGGCGAUGAUUGUUCUCUACUGGAAGAUAAUGAGGGAAUGGAUUUAAGAAUUGAAGGAGAAUCUGCAGAGACAUCUUCCAAGUUCUACCAGGAUCAUGUCUGUUCUAAGAAAUGUCUUUCCAAAAGACCAUGGGAUUCCUACAAAGGGGAAAAUCCUUUGAAGUUGCCAUUGCUGUGUCACUUCCAGAGAUGGCAUGCCAGAGCAGAUUCUGGCUCAAAAUCGUACGAUGUGAUAUACAAAGCUCCAUGUGGAAAGAGCCUGAGGAAUUUCAAAGAUGUGCAGAAUUACUUAUUUCAAACAGAAUGCAGCUUUUUAUUUUUAGAUCACUUUUCCUUCAAUACCUAUGUGCAGUUAUUCAGAAGCAGGUCUAUUCCCCAGGCAUUUAUCACUGAUCCAGAUAUCAGCCAAGGGGCAGAGAUUGUACCAGUGUCCUUCUGUAAUGAUAUCAACCACGAUUGGCUGCCUUGCUUUAAAUACCAGAAAACUCCUUGGCCCCAUGGAUACUUCUUGAACAACUUUUCCAGCAGUUUUCUUGACUCCUGCAGCUGUACCGAUGGCUGCAUUGACAGGACAAAAUGCAGGUGCCUGCUUCUUACUAAAAGAGCCUUAUUGAAAACUAUGUCUCCAAAAAAUGGACCAUCUCACGGUUAUACUUAUAAAAGGCUGGAGGAACCUAUUUCCAGUGGAGUUUAUGAAUGCAGCUUGCUCUGCAGCUGUGACAAGAACAUGUGCCAGAACAGAUUGGUACAGCACGGCCUUCAAGUUCGCUUACAAGUCUUCAGCACUGAAAAGAAAGGCUGGGGAGUUCGUUGCCUUGAUGACAUUGACAAGGGAACAUUUGUUUGUACAUAUGCAGGGAAAUUGAUGUCCAGAGAUGAACAUUACCAGGGUGAAGAUAGUGGUGAAAUUGAAGAAGAAGUUACCAAGAAAACCAACCAGAGUUUGUUUUCAAGAAAGAGAAAACUGGGUGUGGUCUGUUCUGAUUCAGAGAAUGAACUUACCCAGAACACUGGAAGACAACAAUCUUUACAUCUGAAUGCUGAAGAUCAACCAAAUCCCAGGGUUCAGAACUACACUUCAUACAAGAAUGUACAAGCUAUUGCAAGACCUAAAACUAAAACAUCCCUUCUUCAAAAACGCCGGCGAGAACUAGGAAUUACUGAUGCCAGCUCUGAUGAAGAUGAGAUUUCUUUGUGUCAGGUGUCAGGAACAACAAGAAUAACUCCAGCAACAAAAAAAGGAGAUGAACAAUCAAGCCUGCAAGGAAAAUGUGAAAAAUUGGUAAACACUAGAAAUUCUGAAGCUAACACUGACUGCCAUAAAGAGAAUCUCCUUUCCGAUGCUGUUUUGAAAAGUAAACUGCCUAUGCAAGAUGACAAAGAAGUGAAAAAACAACAUAAGGGAAAAACUCAGAGAACCAGACAGGAACUUGCUUGUAUGAAGGAGGCAGCAGAAACUGAGACAUGCCCAAAGAAUGAAGAAAAUACUUGUUUGGUGGAUGCUACAAGGGAAGGCAAUGUAGGCAGAUUUCUUAAUCACAGCUGCUCUCCUAAUCUCUUUGUACAAAGUGUAUUUGUAGAGACUCACAAUAGAAACUUCCCCUGGGUGGCAUUCUUCACAAAGAGACAUGUAAAAGCUGGAACUGAACUUACCUGGGAUUAUGGUUAUAAAGCUGGAAGUGUGCCUGAGGCGGAGACUACCUGUCAGUGUGGGAGUCUGAAGUGCCAGAAAAAAAUCUUGUACAAUUCCUUUCAUUCUUACUUUACACUUUACUUGUAUGCCAAAGUCCCAAAAGCUCUGCCAGCUAAGAAAGAAACAGAUCUCUUAAUUAUGUCAGAAGCAUAUUCCAAUGGGUUUUUGAUAAAACGAAAGAAGCCGGGGCUUGGGGCUCUUUUCCCUCGGAAGCAGCUCUUCUCCUCGGAGCGAAGGUGCGGAUCCUCCGGCCGGGGUCGCCGCGUAAACGGAGAGGUUUCCCCAACAGCUGCUCCCUUCUCCUGCUUCGGGUCUCUGAGCCUAACGGUGACUCCAGUAAUGGCAAAGAUGACGAGAAGGAUGUGUGCCCUUUGUCCAAAGGGUGAACCAUGUGCGAUUAUGUACGUCGCUGAAGAGCAGAAUCUUGCAGUUCAUCAGGACUGUUUGUUGUUUUCUUCAGGAUUUGUGGAAGGGGAAGAACAGAACACAGAGGAUCUUGAUAAAAGAUUUGACGUGGUUUCAGUAAUGAAGGAAAUAAAGAGAGGAAAGAAGCUGAUGUGCUAUUUCUGUCACAAGAGCGGGGCAACCAUUGGCUGUGAGGUCAAACACUGUCGCAGAAGUUACCAUUAUUUUUGUGCCUUGUGUGAUGAUGCUUCAGUAGAAAUAGAUGAAAAGGAAGGCCUGUACCGUUUGUUCUGCCAAAUACACAACCAGAAAUCCAGUUCUUGCGAUGAAAACAAUGAGAAGGCAAUGCCCGUGCUCGUAAUGGAAUCUUCCUCCACUACCACCGAUAUGACUGAUGAGACAGGUGAGGAAGAGAACAUGGAAGUCCUCAGUGAAAAACGUGACCAACACAAAGAAAGAAUAGAAUUUUUAAAGAAGUGUAAGCAGGCUGGGCUUCUGAAUGAAAUCUUUGAGGAAAUGUUAAAUACUCUUCACCUGGCACAGGAAAAGCUGAUGGAGGACAAUACUCCAGAAGCAGAGUAUGAAAAAAUAGUCGUAUCACUUUUUGAUUGUGAUCUCUUUGAAAAUAUUCUUAGAAGAGCUCAUUCAGGAACAGAGGGAAAAAUUCAGGAACUAAUGAAUACACGGGAAAAACUGGAUGCUCAGAUUGAACUUUUUAGAGAUUUAAAAGAAACAGUAUUUCCUGUCUCAGAAGACACAGAUAAUACCUCAAGCGGUAUCUUUGAAUAACCCACCAUCUUUAAAAUGUUCACUGUUUCCCCCCCACUCCCCUGGUCACUUUGGUAUAACACAUUUUAUACGUGGGUAACUGUUGUUUUCCCAAUUUUACAGUUGAGACCUUUUUGAUCUAGCCAAUAAUCUACCAUUAGUUUUAAAUUAGAGUGUAUACUUCCAAGAGUAUAGCUUCAAAUGCCUUCUAUUACCGUAGAUGAAAAUUGAUGGAAGAAAAUGAAUGAAUUCAUGAUAUGCACUUUAUCUGCAGAUGAAAUUAUUAACAUGCUACUGUAAAUCACUCUGGUUUUGGUUUACGGUUAUCUUACAGAGCUAUCAGAUACAGGUUAAGAUGAUCACUAGAAGGUAAAAAGAAAGACAAAUGCCUGAUACUUUCCUGCCACUUAAUGGUCAUUCAAGGUUUUUGCAAUUCAGACUCAGUAUCUCUUAUCAUAUACACUCAAUUUCCCAAAGAAACUGCCCUUCCCGCUUCAAGUUUAUACUUAUAAAGAUAUACCCAUAUUUAGAUAGUGGUUAACUGUGCUAAUGAGGCCAAUUUAUAUAAAUUUCAAUUGUUUCACAUCAAGUAAAUCAGCAAAUCUACCACACAAAAACUUUAGAGUCUUAAAGAACAUUCUGAAUUUUUUAAUUGCUUAAUUGCAAGCAGUAGUUUAGUGAAAAUAUUUUCUAAUAAUGUAUAGCUAUUUAAAUUUAUACAUUUGUACUCAUGCACUUACAUACCCUUUGCAGAAUUUUAAGAUUGGAUCAUUUUGAAAAUAAACAUGCAUUAUGAGCCAAAACACUU